AAAUAUCUGUGCCCCAAGAACUUUCGUAGAAGUUGAAAAUGAAUGUACAAAAUAUUGGGUUAAAAGAAGUAAAGUUCGUCGCAAACUGCGAGACUUGAGUCGUCCACGAAGUUUAUAGGUAGUUUCCACAGCAACAGAUAUAUUUGAAGUCGAGGCAAAGAUAUGAAAGCAAUGAACUAAAUCGGUGAUAUCUUCUAACCCAUGGCGGAGGAAAGAGGUGCGGAAGCCAAAGAUGAAAAAACCCUAAACAUUGAUGGCGGUGGUAAACCACUCAACGCCGAAGAGUAUGAUAAAGACUCUGAUGCACGAGAGACGACGAAAAAUGGGGACGUGGUUGUAACUGGCCGAAAAUUGGUGGCCAAAAAGCGCAGUUAUGAAUUUACCCCUUCCUCAUUGUCAUGUGACUGUUUCCAUAACAAAGAUUUCGGAAGGGACACAAGUAGACUCGAUUUGAUUAGUUUCCGUUAUUUUGAUGUUUAUGGAGAAAAUCCUGACAUGGGAAAGGGUAGUUAUGGAGGUGGAGGUGGUAGAAAGGAUAGUGGUAUGACUCAACAAGUUACCGUUGUUAGUUACAAUGGUGAUGUAGUCCAAGGAUCUAUGAAGGAAGGAAGUGGUGAUGGUGGGGAGCCAGUAUCCCAUAAACUGGAGCAGGAAAAGUGUAAUAUUGAUGUUAAACCUGUAAUUAAAAGAUCACAGGAGAAAAAGGGUAGUGGUGGCGCUGAUGUUGAUGGUGAUCAAGAUGGAGGAUGUAUGGUGGCAGUAGGAUGUGGAGAGACAUGGUUGUGGUCGUGGGUUUGUGGAAAAAAGAGUUUUAAAUAAUUAUUUUAGAUAUGGGGAGUAAUAUGUACAUGAAUUAUCAGCUCUCUUUAGAUAUGAAGCACAAUACAUGUCAGUUAGUCCUGUUAGAAUGCGAUAUUAUUACAUUACUAUACGUGUAAUAAAUUGAUAUUAUAUUACUAGUAUUUCUGAAUCAAUGCAAAUAUAGCAUUUACAAUGAACAACGCCAAAACCUAUUGGUAUUGUUAUUCUUCUUUUUCUGUUGUAUUGGAGCAAAUCUUAGUAUAUUUUUCUCACAUUUUGAUGA